AUGACAUCCAUUUCGGGAGCCACUUUUGGCCAGAAAUUCACCAAUGUCAAUGUCAUCCAACUGAACUACAAGACGGUCGGAAAUCACAGCAUUCGAGCAGAUGUGAUAGUUCCAAAAUCUCUGCCUGCUGGGCUAAGACCUGUCAUAGCUCGAGUACAUGGCGGUGGACUGACCGGAGGCGACUCAAUGUUCUCUCCAAUGUUUUCAGCUUGGCUUCCUGAGUUGGCAGAAACUCAUGGCGCGAUUAUCGUCUCACCGAACUAUCGCUUAAUGCCCGAGGCCACGGGAGUUCAAAUCUUGGAAGAUAUGGAUGAUUUCUGGACAUGGCUUCAUUCAGAUACAUUGCGAGACAUUCUCAAAUUGCAUAACGUUAUGAUUGAUCUAGACCGUGUUAUGACGGCCGGGGAGUCAGCUGGUGGCCUGCUGAGCCUCUACUUGACAUUCACUUACCCUGAUCAAAUCCGUGCAGCGACGACAGCCUACCCGCUCCUGAGCUGGGACGAGCCCGCCAUUCUUCUCGAUCAUCCAAAUCCAACAGAGCCAGAAUCAUUUAUAGAUGAGUACAUUGCCAACAUACAACCCGGGGAAUUUGUCUCAGCCGAUAUAGACUACCAGCGGGCUCAUCUCAGUAUCGCAAUUGCAGAGCACAAACGAGGAUCGGGCUUAUACACUCGCAACUCAGAGAACACAAGGUAUUACGAUACUAUGUUUCAACUACCGAGAUUGGAUCAGCCAGAUGUGAAACUUCCACCGGGCGGCUUGUUGAUUAUUCAUGGAGUUGAAGAUCGUGCUGUCUUGGUAGAAGCUAGCCACAGAUUCGUGAACAAGGCUCGCAAGGCUUUGAAAUCAAGGCAGGGCGGUGAUAAAAUUUCGCUUUGUUUGCGUCCUGGGGCGCAUGGUUUUGAUGCGGAUUCAUCGUUGAAAGAAGAAUGGUUGACAAAUGCUCUAGCGCCGGUGUUGAAAGAUUGGUUGGAGUGA